CACACACGUGGUUAAUGUUUGUUGCAGGAAGUGAAGAUGGCGGACACUGCUUUGCUAACCGAGUCAGCACUCGGGUGGUCAAUUUUCGCCUUUGUGCUACUGGUUAUCCUGGCCUUCUGCUGGGUGUACAUCCGGAAGUACCAGAGCCGCCAGGAGAGCGAGGUCAUCUCCACCAUCACGGCGAUAUGCGCCCUGGCCGUCGCGCUCAUCACCUCCGCCCUCCUGCCCGUGGACAUCUUCCUGGUGUCCUACAUGAAGUACCCAAACGGCACCUAUAAGGAGUGGGCAGCCAGCAACGAGACGCGGGGCCCCGUGGAGAACACCGUGCUGUACGGCUACUACACUCUGUACAUCAUCAUCCUAUUCUGUGUGUUCCUCUGGAUUCCCUUUGUUUAUUUCUACUACGAGGAGAGGGAUGACGACAACGUCAACAAGUGCUCGCAAGUGAAGAACGCACUCAAGUACACAGCGGGCUUCCUCAUCGUGUGCUCCGCGCUGCUCCUGAUUGGGGCCUUUGUUCCCCUUGAAGCUCCGCCCAGUCAGAACUCGACGCAGUGGGAGAAGGUGCAGUACCUGUUCGAGGAGCUCGGCAGCAGCCAUGGACUGGCUGCCCUGUCCUUCUCCAUCAGCUCCCUGACCUUGGUGGGCAUGCUGGCAGUGAUCACCUACACGGCGUACGGGAUGUCCGUGCUCCCGCUGAACCUGAUCAAGGGCACGCGCAGCGUGGCCUACGAGCGGCUGGAGAACUGCGAGGACAUGGAGGAGGUGGAGCACCAGAUCGAGAAGCUCAAAUCCAAGUGCGAGGACGGUAGACCCCUCUCCUCACGGGACAGGCGGACCCUGCAGGACCUGGAGGCCAAGCUGCGGGUGCUGCAUCGCCGGGAGCGCCACCUGGAGGUGGUGGAGAAGAGCUGCUGCACCAGGGUGGGCGGAGCCCUGCGCCCAGUGAAGAUUGUAAUGGGAAUUUUCUUCAUCCUGGUCGCCGUCCUCUUCACCGUGGCCCUGUUCAUCUCAAACCUGGACAAGGCCCUGCACUCAGCCGGGAUCAAUUCUGGGUUCGUCGUCUUCGGAACCAACAUCACCAACCCCCUGAACGAGCUCCUGCUGGCCCUGCAGCCCGUGUUCCCAUUGGACUACAUCCUGAUAACGGUCAUAACCAUGUACUUUGUGUUGACGUCAAUGGCCGGCAUCAGGAACAUGGGCAUAUGGUUCUUCUGGAUCCGGCUGUACAAGAUCCGCCCCAGACGGACCCGCCCGCAGGCCCUGCUCUUCCUCUGCAUGAUCCUCCUCCUCAUCGUCCUGCACACCAGCUACGUGAUCUACAGCCUGGCGCCGCAGUACGUCAUGUACGGAAGCCAGAAGUACAUCCUGCCGAGCAAAGCGGGGGAGGGGAACGACACCGUGGUGAAUGCCAGGAUCUGCGACGCCGACGCCCCCACAGACCAGUGCACCGUGACGCGGUCCUACCUGUUCCUCCACAAGUUCUGGUUCUUCAGCACCGUCUACUACUUUGGCAACUGGGCCUUCAUCGCGGUCUUCCUGAUUGGCCUGGCGGUGUCCUGCUGCAAAGGAAGGAAGUCGGUGAUUGAGGGGGAGGUGGAGGCCGACGACUCGGACGUGAGCGACGAGGAGUACCUGCAUUGAUCCGGCGCGCAUACCUUCGACCGCGGCACGAAGGGUUGCUGGAAUCAGUCCAGUCUAGCAAAGUUUUGGCUUGAUUGACAUGUAUAAACUUUGGAGGUAAACUAUCGAACGGUUUAAAGCCACAGUACUUUUGAACCUCAGAGUUAGGGCUUCUUGGUAACUGUAAAAUGUUUGUAAAUAUGCUCACUUUGCUUCUUCAUUCUGAUUUGAAGAGAGAUUACUGAAAUGCUAGGUCAAAGGUAUCUUCCAGAGAAUACAUUUGACAAAGGAGGUGAAGGUUUCCUGAAAUGUAUUUAUUUGCUUUUCCUUUUUUCAAAUUUGGCUCUGUGAGAAGAUCCAGAAUUCUUGUAACUCAGUUCCCUGUUUCGGUUAUUGUGACUAAUUAAGGAUGAUAAAUUUGUAUAAAUGUAACAAUAAAUAUUCAGAUUAAGUAAAACCACCUUUGAGAAUUUUAGCUCUGGGAGACAUGGGUUAAAUAUCCAUGGUUUACUUUUGUUUUAUUUAAUUAAUUUAUUAUAUAUUUUUUUUCCUUCCAUAUUAUGUCCAGGGUUUUCUAUGUGGUAUACCGAAUAUCACCAGUAUUGGGUUAGGGUGGUGGGGAAUGGUAAAUGAGUUGUGCUUUAACAGAAAAAUGUUCCUCCAGCGUUGUGGUACUACAUUAUUUCAUUCUCACUAGUGAACAGAUGAGAAAAUGUCCUUUGAUUAACAACAUGCAGUAUUAAAGACAGUAAAGUGUGAUAUUAAAUACAAUAAAGAGUGGGGGUGAGGCAUCUUUGUCAUUUUAUAAUGAUCAUGGUUCAUUGCUACUCUGCCCUUGGGUUCUUGAGUAACCUUAACAUUGUCUUUGUGAUUAACUUUGCGUCGUUACUGGCAAACUUGUGGGGGUUUUGCGGGUUUUCCUGGUCUUCCCUCGCGUCGCGGUCGUCUGCUUUGCGCGGUGAUGCGGGGGGUACAGUUUUCCCAUGGGAAAGGAAGCAUUUUACCGCCGUUUGAUUUGUGUAUUUUUUUUCGACUUUCAAUAAAGACAUUAAAAAAACUGU